UGUCUUUCUAAAGAAGAGUAGGAAAAGAUGAGGGCAAGAAACUUUUUCUUAUUUGGCAGCAGCCACUUUAUUUCUACAACAUUAUUAGCAGCUCAAUUAUUACUCUUCUUCUUUGUCUCAAACUCCUCAUUCUUCCAUGCAACUGCAGUAGAAAUCAUAAUAGGAGAUGUCCCUCCCAUUGCACCUUCUUAUCCUCCUUCUAAUGGUGAUGAUGAUCCACUAUGCCCUCCCCCUCCCCCUCCUCCAGAGCCAAUAUGCCCCUCCCCCUCCCCCUCACCCUCACCCCCACCCCCACCCCCGCCUCCAAUAGUUCCUUCUCCUCCCAAAAAAAACCCACCCCCACCCCCACCUCCAAUAGUUCCUUCUCCUCCCAAAAAAAACCCACCCCCACCUCCACCUCCAAUAGUUCCUUCUCCUCCCAAAAAAAACCCACCCCCACCCCCACCCUCACCUCCAAAGGUUCCUCCUCCUCCUAAACAGACACCAUCCCCAUCCCCAUCCCCAUCCCCUCUGCUAGCAUCAGCCAUAAGUGUCAUUCAAAGAUUCAAGAAGACAAUAACUAGUGACCCCUAUGGCAUAACAGAAACAUGGGUAGGCAAUGACAUUUGCAAAAACAAAACCGCGUACAAAGGUUUCAUUUGCGACAAAAAAAAAGUUGUUGCCAUCAAUUUCAAUGGUUUCAAUUUUGGUGGAAAAAAUCUAUCCUUAAAAAAUCUCAUUGAAAAAAUCAAGACUUUAGUCAUCAUCCAUGUCAACUCCAACAAUUUUACUGGUGAUAUACCUUAUGAUAUAUCACCCCUUAAUCUCCCUAAACUUUUCGAAUUCGAUUUGAGUAACAACAAGUAUGUUGGUUCUUUCCCAAAACCUGUUCUUGGUGCUACAAAUUUAACUUAUUUGGAUCUCAGGUUCAACUAUUUAACAGGUCCAGUUGACCCUCAAGUAUUCACACUAGACCUUGAUGUGCUUUUUCUCAACAACAAUGGCUUUUCUGGUGAAAUACCAAAAAAUUUUGGCUAUACUGCUGCCCAUUUUCUCACGUUAGCCAACAAUAAAUUCACUGGUGAAAUCCCAAAAAGCAUUGGCAAAUCCUGUGAAACACUCCUUGAGGUUUUGUUCUUGAAUAAUCAACUUUCUGGUUGUUUGCCUGUUGAGAUAGGGUUGUUACGACUAGCAACUGUAUUUGAUGCUAGUAAGAAUAAACUAACGGGUCCGAUACCGCACUCUUUCGGGUGCUUAAAGGACAUGGAACUGUUAAACCUGUCUGACAAUAAGUUGUAUGGUGAAGUGCCUGAAACAUUGUGCAAGCUCAAGAAAUUGGAGAAACUCAAAUUGAAAAACAAUUAUUUCACACAAGUUGGACCGGAAUGUCGAAAGCUGAUAACUAAGAAGGUUCUUAAUAUUAGCAUGAAUUGCAUUAUUGAUGCUGAGAACCAGAGAAAUCCUGAUGAAUGUGAAGCUUUCUUCUUGAAGAAGAAUAAAUGCGAGGACAUGAAUUCAAUUAGAAACUAUGUACCUUGUAAAAUUCCUAAGUUCUCGUCUACGCAGAAUUCUAAACGUGGUGCAAAGGCUCGCUCAACUACUUAUGCUGCCAUUAAAAAACCUCACCUCUGAUUUAUCCACCAUGUUAUUUAUUCUGUAGUAUAAUUUUUAGACUUGUAAUACUAGUAGUAAUGUAUGUAGAUUGGAGCAGCAAGUACUCCAAUUUACAACACUGUUGAGUUAUAUUUACUUGUUUUAUGUAUUGAAUUUGUAAGUACCGACUACUGAGUAUAAGGUUUGGUCUUUUGGAGCAA